AUGGACAGGUGUUAUGCACCAGAUUGGCAAUGGUUGAUCUUCCGUGAGGAACUAUCAAUACUUGCAAACACAUACAAUCAGCUUCAGGAGAGGAUACCAAAGGAACAGAAACCAGAUGGAUAUUAUAUCCUUCUUUUUGGAGAUUUGCUAGAAAUUCGUAAGGCUUUACCACAAAACCAAUGGAUAUGUGACGAUGGACAUUUGAUAAGCCUAGGCAAAGCAUUGGAGAGCUAUGAACAUGCUCAGUACCAACUAAAAGAGGAGAAACAGCGCAAGAUCCAAGAAAAAAGGAGGCAGGCUUUGGCAAAGGAAGCUCAAGAGCAGGAAAGGUCACAAGAUAGAGUGAUUGACCUAUCCUUAUUGUUUGAUGCUGGAAAUCAAACCUUUACGCCCCAUUUAAAGCCUUGCCCAGCUGUCGAUGAUGCUCCUCAGCCUAUACAAGAGCAUCAGCAACCUCCAGUUCCACAAGAUAUUUCGAACCUCCCUGAGGGUAGCAGCCCCCUUAAACUUCCAAUGCCAAUGCCUGCUAUUGGUGAUGAUGAUCUGACACCAACUAAGCGACGGCAGCAAGGGCAGAAGUUGGUAAACCAACCAGUGCCUUUAUAG